GGUGUUCAAAACUGGAGAGAGAUUGCGGGUUUGUGCGUUCUCUUAGAUGAAGGGGAUGCCCUUACCCUUUGAUUUUGAGGGGAAGGGGGUGUUAGAGCUUGUUGCAAAUAGUGCUUCAUUAUCAACUUCAAAUCCAUUGACACAGAAGUGGAAGAACAAAAGUAAAGUAGGUUGCUUUGUGGGUAGCUCUGAGCCUACCUCUGUCCUGGAUACUUUCAGAAGUCCAAGCCCUCCUACUUCUUCUUCAACCCUGUCUUCUUCCUUGGGUGGCGGAAGCGGCGGAGCUGUUGGUGGUUUUGGUUCUACCGACACAGCCGGCGUGGCGGCGGUUUCGGGAAACCCAUCUCCGAAAUGGCCGCAAACCCAGCAAGAAACACCCAGCAGCUCGAAUGUGGGUGUUGAAUCUGGCGGUGGUGGGAGUCUGGAGCUCCACCCUGGUCAGCCAUCUCUCGAGAUCGGCGUCGGUGGAGGCAGCGACGGAGCAGAGAAAUGUGGGCUGGAAAUGGAAGAUUGGGAGGGUGUGCUAUCAGAUUCUGUUGCGGCAUCACCAAGCCAAGAACAAUCUAUACUCCGGUGGAUCAUGGGGGAUGUGGAUGACCCAUCUAUGGGCUUGAACAAGGUUUUGCAAAUAAGCGGUCCAGGUGACUUCGAGUUCAUCAAUGGUGGUUUUGGUGUUCCAGAUCAAGGUUAUGGGGGAGACUCAUCUUGUAAUUUGGUGGGUUCUAUCAACCCCUCUUUACCCACUUCAGGUUUUCCCAACAAAUUCAACAACGAAAAGAUUGGUUUGGUCUCAAACUCAUCAUCCUCUCUUCCAAUUCACAAGCUUCCUAACCCUCAAAACCCCCUGUUAUCCCCGUUGCACCAUCCUGCACCACCCAUUUCAUUAUCUCCAGGUGGGUUUGGUCUUUCUCCACAACAUCAACCAUCAUUUGAAUGCCUAGAUGUGAAGCCCCAGAUUUUCAAUCAGCAAUUGCUAAUUAACCAGCACCAAUCUCAGCAUACUCAAAACCCAGCUUUUUUCUUGCCAUUGCCAUACACCCAGCAAGAUCAACAUCUUCUUAUGCCACCAAAUCCCAAGAGGCACAACUCCGGAGGUCUUGAACCGAACUCUCCGAUCCCAAAAGGCCCAUUUUUCGAUUCGGCUCAAGACCCAUUUUUAGGGAGACAACAGCAGCAACAGCCACUUCAGGGUCUUCCUCACCAUCUUCAAUUGCUUCCUCAUUUUCUGCAACCAAGGCCAACAAUGGCAACGAAGCCAAAAAUGGUGGGUGAUGAAAUGGGUCAUUCCAAUCAACAACAACAGGUUCAACAGGCGAUAAUUGACCAGCUAUACAAGACGGCGGAGUUGGUCCAGACGGGAAAUUCAAUACACGCGCAAGGGAUAUUGGCGCGGCUCAAUCACCAGCUCUCUCCAAUUGGUAAGCCUUUUCACAGGGCUGCUUUCUACUGUAAGGAGGCUCUGCAAUUACUCCUCCAUACAAGCAAUAACAUGACCCCCUCUGCGGCCACUUCGCCUCAUUGUUCUCCAUUUAAUCUCAUUUUCAAGAUUGGUGCUUAUAAAUCUUUCUCUGAGAUCUCACCCCUCCUUCAGUUUGCUAACUUUACUUGCAAUCAAACAAUGCUUGAGGUUUUAGAAGGCUUUGAUCGAAUUCAUAUUCUAGAUUUCGAUAUUGGGUAUGGUGGGCAAUGGGCUUCUCUCAUGCAGGAGCUUGCACUGAGAAGUGGCGGUGCUCCUUCGCUCAAAAUCACUGCGUUCGCAUCUCCAUCGACCCAUGAUGAGCUUGAGCUUGGUCUCACUCGGGAAAAUUUGAUUCAUUUUUCUAAUGAAAUCAACAUGGCAUUUGAGUUUGAUUUUGCAAGCAUUGAUUCUUUGAACUCUGCUUCAUGGUCACUGUCUCUUCAUGGGUCGGAGAAUGAAGCAAUUGCUGUUAAUCUCCCAGUUGGUUCCUUGUCCAACUACCAAUUGCCACUCCCUUUUGUUCUUCGCUUGGUUAAGCAACUCGCCCCCAAAAUUGUUGUCUCUGUGGACAGAGGCUGUGACCGAACCGACCUCCCAUUUCCUAACCAUGUAAUUCAUGCCCUCCAGUCUUAUACAAACCUACUUGAAUCCCUUGAUGCUGUAAAUGUGAACUUAGAUGCCCUGCAGAAGAUUGAAAGGUUCUUGCUCCAACCGGGCAUUGAAAAAAUUGUAAUGGGUCGCUAUCGUUCCCCUGAGAAGACUCAACAUUGGAGGACUCUUUUUUUGUCAUCUGGGUUCUCCCCAUUAACUUUCAGCAAUUUCACAGAAUCCCAAGCUGAGUGUGUGGUGAAGAGAACACCUGUUCGGGGGUUCCAUAUUGAGAAGAGACAGUCUUCUCUUGUUCUUUGCUGGCAACGAAAGGAGCUCAUCUCAGCUUCUGCUUGGAGGUGCUGAGCGGCAGCAUUUUGAAACUGGAUUUGUCGAUUGAUCCUCUUCAUGAAGGUGCCUCGUAAGCCAUCGCUCAUUGCUUUAGUCUCUGAUCUUUUUGAAUUUUCUAGCCUGUGAUUUCUUUGCCUAAUUGUCUUUGUGGGUUAGACAGAUUGUUUCCAAGUAAGAAAAAACCCAAACAAUUUAGUUACUGGAUGUUCUGGUAUAGUUCUCUUCUUUCAGUGUCUUAUGUUGGAUAUGGAAUUACUGUUUUGGUGCUUUCAUGCUGUUGUUGCUAGAAGCAUCAGUUAGCGGUGUUUAUGUUGGGGGCUGUUUGUUGUACACUUGACAACAAAGGAAAACCAGAAAUGGAAAAAAACAAAUUGACCCUUAAGUUGAUGUCUUUGUCUUUUGCAUCUGUUAUAGUUUCUCAAUUGCUUGCUGUUAUGAACUUUGAGCUCUGAUCCCAUGAUUGGAAAGUUUUG